AUGGUCCCCCCGGGCAGUCCCCGCCGUCGGGGCUCAGCCCCGCACCCUGUCCAUCCUCCCUCAGCCCCGCACCGUGUCCAUCCUCCCUCCGCCCCAUCCUGCACUCCUCACCGCACCGUGUCCAUCCUCCCUCAGCCCCGCACCGUGUCCAUCCUCCCUCAGCCCCGCACCGUGUCCACUCUCCCUCAGCCCCGCACCCUGUCCAUCCUCCCUCAGCCCCGCACCGUGUCCACCCUCCCUCAGCCCCGCACCGUGUCCACCCUCCCUCAGUCCCGCACCCUGUCCAUCCUCCCUCAGCCCCGCACCGUGUCCACCCUCCCUCAGCCCCGCACCGUGUCCAUCCUCCCUCAGCCCCGCACCGUGUCCACCCUCCCUCAGCCCCGCACCCUGUCCACCCUCCCUCAGCCCCGCACCCUGUCCAUCCUCCCUCAGCCCCGCACCGUGUCCAUCCUCCCUCCGCCCCUGCGGCUGCACCCGGAGCCUCUCCCUGCUCCGGAUCCAAACGCCGUGCUGGUGCAGAACCGCGAAUCGCCUUCACUUUGGGCUGGCACGGUGCAGGUGGAGGGACACCCGGCCGUGCUGGCUCGGCUCGGCUCGCAGGGAGACAUCCCCGACUUGGAUACAGGCAGGAAAACAUCCCGGGGAGCUGGCAAAACCAGACAGCAGCGCUCAGUCCCACGCAGCCCUGGCAUCCAGCAGCGCUGA